AUGUCCAGUAUCACCUCAUAUGUAUAUCCUGAGUCAAAAUACUCUCGAAUAGCAGAAGCGGGCCGCCCUCCCGCUUUCCUGGGCUGCUUCAGGGACGUCUUCGUGGACUCGCACCUCGUGCUGCCCGCCGCCGCGCCGGAGGAUUCGGGCACGCAGGCCAACGUCACGUUGGGAUGCAGCGACAGGGACAAGUGUGACGACGGGCCCUGUCAGAACCGGGGCCGCUGCGUGAGCCUGGGCUGGAGGAGGCACAGAUGUGAAUGCCACAGACCAUAUGAGGGAAACAACUGUGAAGAGGAGUACAUCACCGCAAGAUUUGGGAGCAAAGACUUUGAGAGCUAUGCCGUAUUCUCAAUAGACGACCACCUGGGUGACACUGUGAUUCUAUCCAUGUUCAUUCGCACCAGACAGUCCAAUGGACUGCUCCUCAUCCUGGCAAACAGUACUAGCCAGUACCUCCGGCUAUGGCUAGAAGAUAGCAAAGUCAAACUUCAGGUCAACAACUUUGAGACCCUCGUCGGUCGGAACGGGAUCGCCGAUGGCCAUUUCCACCUGCUGACAGUGAAGCUGGAGGGAACGGUGGCCAGUUUGUACCAGUCGGCCCAGAGUCAGGGCUCCAUGACCAUCAGGCACGUCCAAGCCCAUCCGGGGGAUCUGGUUUUUGUCGGUGGGCUUCCGGACACGAGGGCCUCUGCUUCGUUCGGUGGCUACUUUAAGGGAUGCAUCCAGGAUCUGAGGCUCAAUCGCAGACGGCUGCAGUUCUAUCCAAUAGCAGCCCCCGUCGAGUCUUACGCUUUGGAGAAGCUUACCGACGUGGCAGAGGGAUGCAGCAGCGACAACGCGUGUGCUGUAAACCCGUGUCUUAACGGCGGCGAGUGUUACGCCAUGUGGGAUGACUUCAUCUGCAGCUGUCCACCUAACACAGCUGGGCGACGCUGUGAGGAGGUGAAGUGGUGUUUGUCCAACGUGACGUUUCGACCUGAAAGCAGAGUUCUGCAGUACCGCAGCAAUGGAAAGAUCGAGCGCAGCCUCGCCAGUAUCUCCCUCAGCUUUCGAACGAGACAGCCUGACGCCAUCUUGCUUCACGCGCAAAGGGAAGCAGACCACCUCACCAUCUCGCUUCUUAACUCCCGUUUGAAGCUGACGCUCCGGGUCGGGGCUGGUAAAGGCUCGCCGGAGGUAACAGCUGAAAGCCAGGCUUCCCUCAGUCAAGGAGAGUGGCACAAUGUGGCCAUCACCAAGGAGACGCAGUGGACUGUGGUUUUGGACGGAGGCAAGGAGAUCAUAAGUGUGUCUGAAACAGCUCUGGAGGACCUGAAUUUUCUUAGGGAGGGAGCAGACGUCUUCCUGGGGGGACUAAACCAGGACUCUGGCGUGAGCUUCUCAGGCUGCCUUGGUCCAGUGGAGAUUGGGGGCCUUCUUCUUCCUUUCCACCUGGACACAGAGCUGAACCUCCCCAGACCUCAGGAGGAGCAGUUUGAGAGGAUCCAAACCUCUUCGGCCCCUCAGUACGGCUGCUUCGGAACCAGCGUGUGCUCGCCCAACCCGUGCCAGAACGCGGGUGCGUGCGAGGACCUUUUCGACUCGCACCGAUGCGCGUGUUCGGCCGAGUGGACGGGCCCACUGUGCCGAGAGCCCACAGAUAAGUGCAGGUCCAGCCCGUGCGUCCACGGCGUCUGCGUCAACCAGCCUGAAGGGUUUCAGUGCGAGUGCAAGCCGGGCCACACCGGCGAAAGGUGCGAGGCGGAAAUCGACGCUUGCGAGAACAGCACUUGCGGCCACGGCGCCACGUGCCUCAAGGGCUUCCAGAGCUACACCUGCCUCUGCCCCAGGAACAUGACAGGGACUUACUGCAAUGAGAAAAUUCCUGAAAUUCCAUGGUACAUUGAAAUAGACCCACUUCCUCAGCUUCCUGUAACAUCUUGUAUGGGCAUGAAAUGGAACUACAGCUGCUUCAACGGUGGAAACUGCUCUAAAACCGACAAUACCUGCUACUGCCUUCCAGGCUUUACGGGACAAUGGUGCGAGAAGGACGUGGAUGAAUGUGCCUCAGAUCCAUGUUUGAACGGAGGCUUCUGCAUCAACUACGUGAACAGCUUUGAAUGUGUGUGUGAUAUGAAUUACUCGGGGAUCUACUGCCAAAUGGACGUCAGCGACUUCUACAUGUAUCUCUUCCUGGGACUGUGGCAAAACCUCUUCCAGCUGGUGUCCUAUCUCGUGAUACGACUUGACGAUGAGCCAGAAAUCGAGUGGGGAUUCUACGUCAAUGAAUAG